GCGAAGGCGUUUAGGUACCGAACAACUUGUUUUAGGGGGGCAAACCCACACCGUUCCGCCCGUAGACUAAGGAGGCCCGUAGGAGAGCGCCAGUGUGAGUGGCCUCUUCCCAAACAAGGCACCUUGUUUUGGCGUCCCCCUCCACACAAACACGCACGUCCUACCAUUUCAAACCAAUUUAUUCCCCCACCUGUCCAGUUCCCGCCGUAUUGACGCCAUCUUCCAUCCUCCAUCCAUAACUCCAUCACCCUCUAUUCCACUGCUUCGCACAUAUCGACAUCAUGGCUAACGACGAAUAUGACUUCCUUUUCAAAGUCGUCUUGAUCGGAGACUCCGGCGUUGGCAAGUCCAACCUUUUGAGCCGAUUCACCCGCAACGAGUUCAACCUCGACUCCAAGUCCACCAUCGGUGUCGAGUUCGCCACCCGUUCGAUCCAGGUCGACUCCAAGACGAUCAAGGCCCAGAUUUGGGAUACCGCCGGCCAGGAGCGUUACCGCGCCAUCACAUCCGCUUACUACCGUGGCGCCGUCGGUGCCCUCCUCGUUUACGACAUCAGCAAGCACCAGACCUACGAGAACGUCACCAGAUGGUUGAAGGAGCUGCGCGACCAUGCCGACGCCAACAUUGUUAUUAUGCUUGUCGGCAACAAGAGCGAUUUGAGACACCUCCGAGCUGUCCCUACCGAAGAGGCCAAGGCUUUUGCUAGCGAAAACCACCUCUCCUUCAUCGAGACUUCCGCCUUGGACGCUAGCAACGUCGAGCUUGCUUUCCAGAACAUCUUGACCGAAAUCUACCGCAUCGUCUCCAGCAAGGCCCUCGACAGCGGCGACGGCGCCCAGGCCACCAUUGGUGCCGGCACCAACAUUUCUCUUAGCAAGCCUGCCGACGACGAGGCUGCCAAGAGCGGCAAGUGCUGCUAAGCAGCUCCGCGAAGGAGCACCACAACCAAAACUCUCCUGGGGACGCCCGGCUGUGCGCUGCAACUAGUGUACGGCAGCAGGGAACCUAUUUUUUCGACAAACCAAACCGCGCAAGUCGCGACUACUUUUCCGAUGGGUAAAUCUUUUUUUCUGGUACAAGCGUCAAGGGAUCAGGAAUUCUUGAUACUACUGUGGUUGACAUUAGAUGGCGCAAAUGCUUUCUCCUCGUUUGGCCGUGAUGAUUAUUUGAAGUUUAUGUGUCAACGGUUGCUGCAAAGGAAAUAUACUCUACGUAGCAAAUGAACUAAUAUUCGAAUCAU